AUGGGUGUGAGCUUCCAGUAUGGGCGUGGGACCUUCCAGUAUGGGCAUGGGAUCUUCCAGUAUGGGUGUGAGACCUUCCAAUAUGGAUCUGGGACCUUCCAGUAUAGAUCUGGGACCUUCCAGUAUGGGCCUGGGACCUUCCAGUUAGGAUCUGGGAGCUCCCAGUAUGGAUCUGGGACCUUCCAGUAUGGGCAUGGGAUCUUCCAGUAUGGGCGUGGGACCUUCCAGUAUACGUGUAGGACCUUCCAGUAUGGAUCUGGGACCUUCCAGUAUGGAUAUGGGACCUCCCAGUAUGGGCCUGGAACCUUCCAGUAUGGUCUUGGGACCUUCCAGUAG